AGGGACAGACAGGCCUAGUUUUGUGUAAACCGAAUAUCCACUCGUCUUUCUCCUUGCCACCAUAUCGCAUGAGUCAUCAAUUUGUAACGGUUGACUAAAAUUGGUGAAAUCAAUGUUGGUUUCGGUUCAAAACGUAGAGUACAUAAUAAUUUUAAAUUUUUGAUGAGUUGGGGUUGAAAAAUACAUUAACACUUUCUACAUGUAAAAAAAGACAUGGUACAAAACUUUGAGGUUGAAAUACACCAUUUUCUCAUUGUAAAUUAAUCAACUAUAAUUUGUUUGGACUAGUAAAAUACAAAGACUAAUUGAUGAGAUUUUCAUUUCCCCUUAUAAUAAUGUUAGCGUGCUGCGUGCCAUGGCCAAAAGCUUCGUUAAUGCUCCCAACGUGCCCUGGCGUUACAACGAGAGUGAGCUGUUUUUCAUUGUGUUACGUAGUUCAAUUGCUUCAAAAAUCAAUAAAUGUUAUUGAUUUUGUAAUUUAAUCAGUAACCCCGUGCCACAUGAUAAUAUUACAACUUACAACGAGAGUAAGCUGUUUUUCAUUGUGUCUUACGUAAUUCAAUCGCUUCAAAAAUCAAUAAAUGUAAUUGAUUUUGUAAUUUAAUCAGUAACCGUACCCCGUCCACUGCACUAUAAAUAUGGUAUCAACAUUCCGACGUAAAAGGGAUCAAACCAAAGCCAAAUAUGGAAAAUCAAGCAGCUCUUGUUUACACUCUCAUCUCAAUCUUCAUCUCUCUUCAAUUCUUGUUUUGGAGAUUUUUUUGGCCGCGUUACACUGCGGUUAUGUCUUCGCGGAGACGACAGACCCGGCAUCUUAAUGUGCAAAGCCACACUCUGACUGCUGAAAGCUAUGAAUCAGAGUUCAUGUCGUAUAUGAUCCGUAAAUCUAAAUCGGUCAAUGAGGUACUAGACGAGGCCGUUCCACUCUGCGAGCCAGUGCUGAAGAUCCGUGAGGCCAUGAGGUACACACUACUCUCGGGUGGCAAACGCGUAAGGCCAAUGCUUUGCUUAGCUGCAUGCGAGCUCGUGGGCGGGCAAGAGUCAACCGCAAUGCCUUGUGCAUGUGCGGUUGAGAUGAUCCAUGCAUCGUCGCUCAUCCAAGACGAUCUACCUUGUAUGGACGACGACAACCUCCGGCGUGGAAAACCCACGAACCAUAAAGUCUUUGGCGAAAACAUAGCUAUCUUGGCAGUUGAUGCGCUCAUAGCUUUGGCCAUCAAGCACACCGUGGAAUCCACCUCGUUGGACGUUCCUCCGGAGAGGGUUCUCCUGGCAAUUCUAGAGAUGGCGAGAGCGGUGGGAACGGAAGGACUCGUUGCGGGUCAAGCAGCUGAUUUGGAUGGGGAAGGCAAGAGCUUUGAUAAUGACACUGGAUUAAAGCAUCUUGAGUUUAUACAUAUUCAUAAAACGGCGGCGUUGCUUGAAGCGGCGGCUGUUAUGGGAGCUAUAAUGGGAGGUGGGUCAGAUGAAGAGAUCGAGAGGAUUCGAAGUUAUGCGAGAUGCAUUGGGUUGAUGUUUCAGGUGGUUGACGAUGUGCUUGAUGUGACCAAGUCGUCGGAAGAGCUAGGGAAAACCGCCGGUAAAGAUUUGAUCUCGGAAAAGCUGACGUAUCCGAAGGUGAUGGGAGUGGAGAAAUCGAGAGAAUAUGCCGAGAAGUUGAACAGAGAAGCACGGGAACAUCUUAACAUGUUUGAUCCAGACAAGGCUGCUCCUUUGUUGUUGCUCGCUGAUUACAUUGUCAACAGACAAAACUGACUUUUGUCAAAUUGUUAAUUGCUCGAUGCAAUCGAUGUAGCCUUGUUUUUGUUUUUUUCUUUGACUUCAAGUAAUCGAUGUAGCCUAAUUAAUAAACCGAGCAAACCAAAGGCCCAAUUUGAGUCAA